CUCAACACCACCAUACUACUCAUGAUGGCCACAACCAUGCCCCCCAAACAAACCCUCAAACAAACCACCCAUACCUUCCUAGAUACUCUAACUCAAUCCCCCCCACCCCCCCUCACCACCAUCCUCUCCCAAUUCACCUCCUCCCCCAACACCACCCCAUUAAUCCACGAAGCCGGCCUCCCUCACCUCGCCCCCUUCCUCGGCCGCGACUUCACCGGCCAAGACGGAGUGAGAACGUACUUCGAGACAAUGGGCGCGGCGCUACGCUACGAGGGGAUGCGAUUCGAGGAUGAGCAGGAUUGGGUGGUUGACGAGGAGAAAGGGUGUGUUUGUGUCCGCGGGUGGGCGAGAUUCAUUGCCAAAGAGACAGAGAUGGGUUGGGAUGAGGGGUUCGUGUAUAGGUUGAAGAUUGUGCAGAAUGGUGGUGAUGGUGAUGGGGAGUGGAAAGUGCAAGAGUAUCGAGUGUGGGCUGAUACGGGGGCGGCGUAUUUGGCUCUUACGGGGGGGUUGGAUGAUCUUGUCAAGAAGGAGUGAUAUGUACAUGCAUACAUACAUACAUACAUAGGGAUUGAUUACAAGGGAUUGUGAAUUCAAGAGGAUACAACAUCCCAAUCAAUCCACGCCACAUUCCCCUCCCUCC